AUGGCUCACAACUCCCGCUUCGAAACCAUGGCUUCUCGCUUCUCCCCCUCGCGUCUUCGCAGCUCUCUCCGCCGCAGCUCCUCUGCGUCAACAGCCACGCGAGACUCUUACUCGUCGACGAGCACCACGCUCUCGGCCUCUGCCGCCACCAUCAACAACAUCAUCCUCCGCCAGCCAUCCCUGGUGAACAUGGAGGAGGAGCGCAGGAGCUUUGGCAGCGAGCUGAGCCUCCUCGAGCCCAGACCCAUCGUCUACUGGGGCAGCGUCGAGGAGCGCAUCGGAUCUCGACACUUUUGA